UUCUGCAAGCACUUUUUUUCUUGACAUUAUUGGAAGGGAAGGGCUGCUUCAUUCCAUUAAGUGCCCGUAAGCUAGCUUCCAAACUUCCAAUCCCCACGGCUUCGAGAACUAUGUCCUUUCUCGCACUCCCAAAUUCGGGAUCCAAACUCCAAGAAAUGGGAAUAUUUCUCUUGAUUUGAUAUCCGAUCGGGAUCUUGGAAGGAAUUCCUGGCGGAAAUUCCGAUGGCCACGGCAACGAUGGCCACGGCAGCCGGGAUGGCGAUGCUGCUGUACUUCGUUCUCAGCAGGCGUCUGGCGGCGAAGGAGACGGAGGAGGACCGCGGGGAUGUGUCGAGGCUGGGGAGGGCGGGGAGGAGAAGGGUCUCCCGGCGGCUGGGGCCCGCCCAGCCGCCGGCGACGUGGCGGGAGGCGGUGGCGACGCUGGCGGAGACGCUCCGGUUCACCUACUCGGAGACGCUCGGGAAGUGGCCGAUCGGGGAUUUGGCCUUCGGGAUCAAAUAUCUCAUGAGGCGGCAGGGCAAUCUGCAUGUUGCAAGUACAUAUGCUGGCAGUAAUUGCGUACAACUCAAAGGCCCUGAAAUUAUGGCCGAGCUGAUUCAUCUCCUAAGGUUAUUGAACCUGUGCAUGCUUUUCUCAAAGAAAUCAUUCCCAGUCUUUUUGGAGUCUGCAGGCUAUGCCCUAGAAGAUGUUCUUCUUCAAGAGCCUAAGGCGGGGCUUUUGAAGCCUGCCUUCACAAUUCUAUGUGAUAAAAAUUCCAAAUGUUUUCUUCUUUUAAUUCGGGGGACUCAUAGCAUCAAAGAUACGCUGACUGCUGCAACAGGUGCUGUGGUCCCUUUUCACCACUCAGUUUUAGAUGAGGGUGGUGUUAGCAAACUAGUCUUGGGUUAUGCACACUGUGGAAUGGUUGCUGCAGCCCGUUGGAUUUCAAGAUGUACUACUGCAUGCCUCCUUAAAGCAGUUAGCGAGAAUCCAGAUUACAAAGUCAAGAUUGUGGGGCAUUCAUUGGGUGGUGGCACUGCAGCACUUUUAACAUAUAUUCUUCGGGAACACAAAGAAUUUUCUACAAGUACUUGUGUUGCAUUUGCUCCAGCUGCAUGCAUGACAUGGGACUUGGCAGAAUCAGGCAAGCACUUCAUUACUACUGUCAUUAAUGGCUCUGACCUGGUUCCCACAUUUUCAACUGCUUCUGUAGAUGAUCUUCGCUCUGAGGUGACAGCAUCAUCGUGGUUAAAUGAUCUGAGGGAUCAAGUGCAGCGCACAAGAUUUUUGAAUGUUGUUUACCGUUCUGCAUCUGCUAUAGGAUCUCAUCUACCAUCUAUUUCUGGUGCGAGAGCUAGGGUUGCAGGUGCUGGUGCAUUUUUACGCCCUGUCUCCAGCAAAACUCAGGUGGUGAUGAAACAAGCACAGAAUGUUGCACAGGCUGUUGCUAGGAGCCGGUCCUCAUUCUCUUCCUGGUCAUGCAUGGGUGCACGUCGCCGUGCUGUUGGUAUUUGCAAGCCCAAACAGGAAACUUCCCCGGAACCUCAUGCUGCAUCUCGAAGGAACUCAGAGUCUCUUUUGAUUGAUCAUGGCAACGGAGACACAUUGGUGGAUGAGCUGCACUUCAGCGGAUCCAGGGGUUCUGACCUUAACGAAAUAGAGGAAGAGGAGCUAAUGCAGGCAGAUCAAGUAACCAAUGUUUCUGCUGCAGAAGAAAUGACUGAAGGCGAGUUGUGGUCUGACCUGGAAAAGGAGCUUGACAGGCAGGAUGAAGGUGCUAAUGCUCAAGCUCAGGAAGAAGAAGCUGCUGUGAUGAAAGAAAUAACUGAAGAGGCAAAUGCAAUGCUAAAAACAGUAGACGACAAGCAACCCAUGUCAUCGGAUGCCUCGGAGGGACAUCAGUUCUAUCCACCAGGCAGGAUCAUGCACAUGGUUGCGCUGCCAGCUAUGAAUGCUGAACCAGUUGCUGUCAUCCCUGAUGAAUGCAAUGUUGGUAUCUAUGAAACCCCUAGAGAAUUAUACAGUAAGAUCCGGCUUUCCAGGACUAUGAUAAAUGAUCAUUAUAUGCCUAUGUACAAGAAGACAAUGGAACUGUUGAUUGACAAGCUUGCCAAGGAGGAGGAUGAUUGUACAGAUCCGGAACUGUAAAAAAUGGCAAAACAAUGUUUUGUUGUUAUAAGCAUGCAAUAGAAGCAGUCAUCAUUUCUUUCACGGUU